AUGUCUACUUCCCUCACCUUCUACGAUGCCACCAUCCCAGUGAUGCGUGGUAUUUCCAAGAGCGCCAUCAGCUUCCUCACCACCGCCAAAGAGGAGCUCUCAAAGGAAAACUCCAACUUACCAUCCGAGAGCGAUGUGCUGAACGCCCAACUCGGUGACAUGCUGCCUUUCCGCAUGCAGCCCAUUAUCCUCGGCAAGUUCCAACUCGCCGGAAUUCAGAACCUCAAGCUCGCUGAGUCCGCUACGGCACCAACCUUGGACCCCUCUGCCUUCUCCUCGCUCGACGACGUCAUCAGCUUCUUCAAGCAGCUCCUCGCCGUCCUUGAGGCCGUUGACGCAAAGGUGUACAACGAGAGCGCUGACAAGGGCCUCGAUGUCGAAAUCGGCCCCAAGACACUACACAUGAGCUCUCUGUCGAGCUUCACAAACGACUUUGUCGUUCCCAACAGCUUCUUCCAUCUCAACGCCAUGUACAUGCUGCUGAGGAGCAAGGGUUUCUCCCUGGGCAAGACUUCAUACAUUGGUGGUUUCAUGUCUGAGCAGUCGCUCAAGGACUGGGCACCACUGAGGGCUUAA